UUGCUCGCAGUGUUCGAAAGUGGCAAUGGCUUCGUGUGAUUGGCAAAUGGCCGUGAAAACCGACGAAAAUCAGCGCAUCUCGGUGUGUAGCAAUAGUUUUGGCCGGCGGCCACAUUAACGCGUUACGCGAAUGGCACGAGAUCUAAGGGUCGGUGCGGAUGGCCGCGCAGAGAAAGCGGUAUGUAGAAGAAGAUGGAGGUUGAUCUUGUGCCAUGAAGCGAUCAGUUUGGCUCACGUGCCGUUCUUCACCCAGAAACAAAAUGCGGACGAACGAAGCGAAAAGGAACCAAACAGCGGAUAUCUUCUCUUCCUUAAGGAGGACCUGAUGAACUGUGCUGAUUACACCUUACAAAAUUUCUGUCUUGCAUCAUUAUCCACCACGUCUGUCGAGGUCAGGGCGCUGAGUGCAGAAGAGGAAACGGUUCGAGUAGUCAGCUCGAUCUCAUCGCAUCCCACUGACUGGUCCGACCUAGCCUGGAUGGAACGGAUGGAACGUCUGGCGGGGACAAGGUCGUCGAAAGACUGAAAUCUACUUGAAGCACUCAGGUUUAACAAAAAAAGCAACCCGACGUCAUCGACAGUGCAUCCCACACGCCGCGACUGGCGCAAACCUGGCGUGCUGUAGUGAUAGACAAAUUACGCUGAAAAACCUCAAACCUCAUGUCGCUGCCACAAAGCUAGACACAUGUCUGACAGACGCAUACGCCGAGGUCUACGCGGUCGAGGUGGAUAGGAAUCAGCGCUUGUUUUUUUUUUUUUUGCCCUCCCCGAGCAGGACGACGAUUUCUACGUUUACGUUUUUCCUUUCCUCGUACGCAGCGGUACACGAGAAUGCCGACGAUGAUAGACGACGAAAUGUAGGUUAUGUUGCGUGCCACUAUUAUUCCUGCUGCUGCUGUCGGUGCCGUUGCCACUGCAUCAGCGCCGGUUCGACUGAAAUGCUUCACUCCGUCUGCACAUUGCAGCAGCGCCACGGUUGUCCUCGACGUUCGUUCGCCGAGGCCAUCGUGCAUAGUAGGAAGCAGCAUAAGCUUUGGAAGAAGAUUACGCGGAUGCGCACCGGCGGCACCCGUCGCCCCAUUUGCUAGCCCCCCCUUAAACGAACGGAAAUUGGUCGAAACCGUUCUCUGUGCCGCCAUUGCACGGUCGCUUGCUGCGAGCCAGCGAAAGGGAAAACCCUGGCUCGCCCGUCGUCCGGCGUGGUGGAAAACGAAGCAAAGCGUGUGUGUGUUUGCGAGCAGAAGACUUGUGCAAAAUUUACUGCCAUUCAAGGUUCAAACGAAAUUAGUUUCAACAACCGAAGCAAAAAGAAGCAGCAACCAUCACCACCACCACUUCCACCGGCCCACGUUAUCUUUGGUUCCUUGUGCGGGAAGGUUAUCUUGUCCGUCUGUGCGCGCCUGCUGUUUGCCUCCCAGCCCAGAUCCCUCACUACCAUGCCAUGCAUUGCGAAUUCGGCUGGUCGAAACCGUUUUUCGUGCUGGUGGUGGUGGGCCGAAGCCGGUAGGGGUAAGCAGAAACUUAUGGCAUCCAUAAUUUAGUCUCAAUUCAAGUAGCACUCCUCCGUGCGGUGGGAAUUGGCUACCGCCGGCCCGUUUCGAGCACGUUCACGAGGCGGUCCCGAUCCGUGAGAACUCCCGGGCCGUGUGUUUGCGACGAAGUGAAUUCAUUUUAAUUUGAUGUAGAUUUAUCGUGCACCACGCUAAACGCAUGCCCGCUGCUCAGUGCGAGUGCUGACGUUGUUGUCCGGCGUUCGUCGACAUUGCUGGGAGCAGCCAACAAUCUCGACCAGGGGGUUUGCCUCGUUCCGGGAUUGAUGGCAAUGAAGAUAAAUUUUGACUUCCCGUCUCGAGCACUACUCCACUCGCUUGGAGAACGGGUUUGAUCUAGUUGAAGUGAUUCAUUUUUAAUUCUACCACAUCGAGCACACAAACACAUCGCAUCGAGUAACAAAUUAGCCUCACAUAGUGAAACAGUAUUUGCACACGAACCAAUUCACGAUGCAGCGAGUAAAAAGUAAAGGAAGUUGAUGAUCCCAACUAGAUCAAGGCCAUACCAAUGCCAAUCAGUGAACAGGGAAAUAUGUUAUUGAUAUCAAUAAUCACGCUUCGUGUUGUGCUCGCACCGCUUCAACUCUUUAUUUGGCCGUUUGAAUAAAAGUGUCCUUGUUCCUAUUUUUGCGCCGACCUAAUCUAAUCAGCCCGUUUACUGCAAACGCCCGUUUCGAGUUUGAGUUUUGAAUUUCGCGCCACCGAGAUGUGGCCGAGGCCGAGAAUCUCGCAGGCCACGGAAAGCACUGGUGAGCGUUACAGUAGCGUAACGCUGCUUAAGCUAAAAUUAAUAUGUAAAAUGUAAAACAUGCCAAAGAAAUGCGAAAACAUGAACAGCAAACGGGCAAAGAGCACGAAGCACGCAAAACGUUAAAUUCAAAUAAAAAAUAAAUGUAUUUACACUCUCACAAGGGCA